CUAGCUAACAGCUGUUUUCUAGGCCCUUUUCCAUGAAAUUGCGGCUCUGGGCCUGCUGUUGGUUGAUUUUUUAAAAUAAAUUAUAGAACAAAUAUUUGACAUAUUGUGGAAGAAGAUUUCUGCUUUUUGCAGGUAUCAGACCUGUCCACACCUCAUUCUGAGCAGCUUGAUGGUGGCGUGGCCCCCCCGAGGUUUGACAGCCAGACCUGGUUUCAGGCUCCUUCCUCUGCACACAGCUGAGCAUCCUGAGCUCUCUGCUCCUGCUGUUCGCCGGGACUUUUAAACUCUCAGCUUGGAGCUCAAGAAGCACACCGUGAAGAAGGAUUUAACAGCCACAGGUGUGCCAGUCUUUCUACAACAGGAUGAACAUGAUCUGGGGGACAGUGCUGAUGGCUUUGUAUGCGACUGUCACCUCAGCCACAUAUGAUGUUUAUGAGCAGCAGUCCUAUAUGGACCCAGAGGAUGUACUGAGUGUCAUCAUUCUCCUGGAGGGUCCACAGCGCCCUCUGCUGGGGGAAACGCUGACGUUACCGUGCUACUUUGAGGAUCACACUGUUGACGACCCUGGCGCUCCCACCAUCGCCCCCUUGUCUCAUCGGAUCAAAUGGAGCUUUGUGACUAAAGAAAAGGUCACAACCAUCAUUGUUGCCCAGGGGGGGAAAGUGCAUAUCACUGAGAACUACCAGGACAGAGUCCAGCUGAUAGGUUAUCCUGGGACCCCGACAGACGCUAGCAUCAGGAUAUCUGAGCUGCGUUCCAGUGACACGGGAGUAUAUCGCUGUGAGGUUCAGCACGACAUCGAGGACAACCACAGCAUCGUGCACGUCCAGGUUCAAGGCACUGUGUUCCACUACAGGGCCAUCAUGGGACGCUACAGUUUGACUUUUGAAAAGGCAAAGGCAGCGUGCACCCAGAAUAGUGCUGUAAUGGCUUCACCUGAACAGCUCCAAGCGGCGUACGAUGACGGUUUUCACCAGUGUGACGCUGGCUGGCUCUCUGAUCACACAGUCAGGUACCCAAUCCAGAGUCCUCGUAUGAACUGCUAUGGUGACAAAGUAGAACUGCCUGGAGUCAGGACAUACGGCGUGAGGGAUCUCAAUGAGACUUAUGAUGUUUACUGCUUCGCUGAGAAGAUGACAGGCAGAGUUUUCUACACUGCGACUGCAGAGAAGUUCACCUUCUCAGAGGCUGUGUUGGCGUGCUCUAAUAAGGGUGCUCAGCUGGCCACUACAGGUCAGCUGUACCUGGCCUGGCAAGGAGGGAUGGAUGUCUGCAACGCUGGCUGGCUCGCAGACAGGAGUGUCCGCUAUCCCAUCAACAUUCGUAGGCCACAGUGUGGAGGCGGGCUGAUCGGGGUACGGACUGUUUAUCUUCACGCAAACCAGACAGGAUAUCCUCUUCCCGAGUCUCGCUGUGACGCCUUCUGUUACACAGAAUUGACUGAUGAAGAUGGCUCAGGCAUGACAGAGGAGGGCAGCGGUGUGCCGCAAGUCACCACAGUGACACAGAGCCCAGAGGUGUUCUUCAGGAGCACAACGACAGAGAGUGAGGCUGCCGGAGAGGUGGAGACUAUGAUGCCUACUAACGUGGACUUCACCUACACAGAAAGCCCCACCGACCCGCCUCUGGCUGAGCUGCCAAACAUCACCGUGUCUGUCACUGAUCUGAUACAGUCAGCCACAGCACAGCCGGAUGUUGGCAGGGAGCCACACAAAGGCUUUGUGAUACCUCCAAGUGGCGUGGUCUUCCAUUAUCGUUCAGCUGCCGGCCGCUACGCUUUCACCUUUGUCGAGGCCCAACAAGCCUGCCAGAGUGUCGGAGGCUCAAUCGCCACGCCGCAGCAGCUGCAGGCAGCGUAUGAAGCUGGAUACCAGCAGUGUGACGCAGGUUGGCUACUGGAUCAGACUGUAAGGUAUCCUAUCGCUUACCCUCGAGAAAGCUGUGUAGGAGAUCUGGGAGAUCGACCCGGGGUUCGAUCCUACGGUCUGAGGCCAGCACACGAGAGAUACGAUGUGUACUGCUACACUGACGGGCUCAAAGGAGAGGUUUUCCACAUUGGAUCAGCUGAAGGUUUCACUUACAGUGAGGCUGUUCGUAGCUGUCAAGAGCAGAACGCCACAGCGGCCUCCACAGGACAUCUCUAUGCUGCCUGGAAAAUGGGCUUUGACAAGUGCCGUGCAGGCUGGCUAGUAGAUCGCAGUGUGCGUUAUCCCAUCAACAAUCCACGUGUGGAGUGCGGAGCGGGGAAAAUAGGAGUGCACACUGUGUACAAUCACCAGACUGGCUAUCCUGAACUUGAUGCCAGAUUUGAUGCUUACUGUUUCAGAGCUGACGUUCGGCUUAUUGCAGAUGAAACUGAACUGAACAUCACAGAAAUUGAGGAGGCUCUACUAAAUCUGACAUCAGCUACCCAUUUGUUACGACCUGCUGUUCCCUCCAUAUCUCCUCCCAUCAAUGUAGAGAAUUCAGGCUCUGGUUCAGGCUCAGGAGACACUUCUGUAGUAGAUUACACAUCUGGAGGUCACUCUGGAGAAUCGUCUGGAUCUGGACAGCCUGCAGACGAGAUUUUCUCUGGAGACUCCUCUGGUUCUGGAGAUAAGGCUACUUCUGGAGAUGGCUCUGCUUCUGGAGACCUCCCUUCCUCUGGCUCUGGAGACAUGGCUGGCAGUGCGCAUGCUGACCUACCCAGCGGAGAAUCAGGUCCCAGCAGUACAGAUGUUUCUGGAUCAGGUAGUGGAGAAGGGUCCACGAUCAGUAUUUGUUUUUCAGGCACUGACUCCACUCCUUCAGGCGAGGGCUCAGGUUCUGGAGGACCUCAAGAAGCUGGAGAGGGAAGCACAGAGAUCCUUACUUUCCUUUCAUCUGAUGUGGGAUCUGGAGUGCUGAGUGGUAGUGGGGAUGCGUCCUGGUCUGGAUCUGGUUUCAGUUCUACAGAAAGUGGUUCUUCCACAGACAUGUCCUCUGGUUUCGUCACCAGUCAGGAGUUUUCUGGCUCUAGCAGUUUUCCAUCCACAUUUGCCUCUGGAAGUGGUAGUGGACAGUCAGGAGAGCUUUCAGGGAGUGGAGACGCUCAGAUCUUAUUGAUAGAUGAUAAACUGAUUGAUGCAACCACCUCCAGUAAAUACAGUGAGCUUAGUGGAGACUUCUUCAGUGGCUCUGGGGACAUUUCAGGAUCUGGCGUUCUCAUUUGUGAUCUUAAUGGAGAUUGCAGUGGUGACCUCAGUGGAGACCUCAGUGGGGACCUCAGUGGAGAAAUCAGUGGAGACGUCAGUGGGGACCUCAGUGGUGAUUUCAGUGGAGACGUCAGUGGGGACCUCAGUGGGGACCUCAGUGGUGAUUUCAGUGGAGACGUCAGUGGGGACCUCAGUGGGGACCUCAGUGCCUCGGCCUCUGGAGGGGUCUUUGAAUUUUUCCCUGGUGUGACUUUGGUGGGUUCAGGGUUCACUGAGCUGACAGGGUCAUCGUCUGGAGUGGAGGAGGAGGCGUCUGGGGUUUUACUCUACAGUUCUGCAGAGGGAAGUGGUGGAUAUCUGUCUGGAUUUGGAAGCUCAAGCUUUCAUUCUCUGUCUGGAUCAGGACUUUCUGGAUACGAGUCCUCAACAAGUGGAGGAGGAGGCAGUGUUAUCUUUCUGUCUGAGGAUCUAAUGACAAAGGUAUCUGAAAACACAUCACCAGAGGACUCAGGCACGCUGUUUUCGGAGCUUGGUAAGGGGCCGUUGGAGUACAGUGGAGAAGGAAGUAGUAGUGGCAGUGGUUCUUACCCUGGGAGUGGAGACUCUGACUCAUCUGCUGCCAGCACGACUUUUUCAGAAGGCCCAUCUAGCCAUCUGCCAGUGGCCUAUCCCAUCAUUGAGUGCAAUGUGACAGAGAGCACCACAGGACCACAGGAGGACCCUAAUGGCGUGCCAGAGACCCCUGAUGAUGUCCCUGUAACCCUGGCCCCUGCGGUUGUCCCGGCAGGACUAGCAGCACCUCCCAUUACAGUUGCACCACCCUCUGUUCAGACAUCAGGCCCUGUUGAAGGACAUGUUGGCCCAUGUGAACCGAACCCCUGUGGCGAUGCUUCAUGCACUGCAGAGAACGGCGUUGCCUUCUGUGACGAGGUAGAUGUGUGCCGUUCCGACCCUUGUGCCAAUGGAGCCACCUGUGUGGAGACUGUAGACUCUUUCAAAUGCUUAUGCCUGCCCAGCUACGGAGGGGAGCGCUGUGAGAUCGAGGAGCAGCCGUGUGAAGAAGGCUGGACUAAGUUUCAGGGGAACUGCUACCGACACUUCACCGAGAGAGAGACGUGGGUGACAGCGGAGCAGCGCUGCCGCGAUCACAACGCCCACCUGGUCAGCAUCAUCUCCCCAGAAGAGCAGAACUUUGUCAACGCAAAUGCACAAGACUACCAGUGGAUCGGGCUGAAUGACAAGACUGUAGAGAAUGACUUCCAGUGGACUGACGGCACUCCUCUGCAAUACGAGAACUGGAGGCCGAACCAACCGGACAACUACGUGAACUCUGAAGAAGAUUGUGUGGUGAUGAUCUGGCAUUCUGACGGCCAGUGGAAUGAUGUACCCUGUAGUUAUCAUCUGCCCUUCACCUGCAAGAAAGGCUCAGUGUCCUGUGGUGCCCCGCCGGAGGUGGCCAAUGCUUGCAUGUUUGGCAAAAAGAGGGUGGUGUACCCCAUCGGCUCCAUCAUUCGUUAUCAGUGCAAUCCAGGAUUUAGACAGCGCCAUCUACCGCUGGUGCGCUGUCAACCAGACGGACAGUGGGAGGAGCCCCAAGUGAAAUGCACUGAUGUGAAAAGUCAAAGGAGAGCACAGAGGAGGAGCCGCAGGAGUCCAGAACGCAACAGCAGGCGUCGCUAAGGAGUCGAAAUAGCAAUUUAUUAUUUCAAAAGAACAUUAAUGGGACACAAAAAUGAAUUUUCUAUACAAGUCAAGAAGAUUUCUAGAGGUAAUGUUCUGGAACACACACAUCGGAGUGGCUACACCGUGGUAAUGUGAUUUUUUUUUCUGUGGCUCCUGUCCUUAUUUUAUUGUUCUGGUUGUUAAUGGUUAUUGCGUGUCUUGUAAUAUAUUUUUGUUUAGUAUUGCUGGCACACUUUGAUUCACAGAUGGUUCUGCUGUAGAUGUUAUCAUAGAGACGGACGCUGGUGCAGGAAUCAUUUUAACAUGAUUCAUGAAGUCAGGCACCAAAAAGUCAUACGUGUGGGUGUAUGUGGCACGCCGGAGAUACUUCUGCAGGUUCAAGGUUAUUCCUUCUUUUUCAAAUUCAGCUGAGGUUCAGUUAAAGAUUUACACAGUAGUGUACACAAUUAAAAGGCAUGAGCAUGUAAGACAGCUCUAAAGCUGAGAGAUCCCUAACAGGCCGCAUACAUGAAGAUAUAUGAGUUUAGUCAUCUGGACUUUUGGGUUAUGUUUGGGCAGAAAUGAUCCAAGUUUAACUAGAACUGAGGGGACUGUGCUAUCACACCUGUCAGGUGGUUUAAUUUAGACCUGGGGUUGUUUUUCCGAGUGUCACGUGAACAGACUUUGUAACAAACUGAGGACAUAAAGUCACAAUGGUUCUCACUAGUUCUCCUUAAAUAAAUCAGUAAUAUUGUGAAUUUAUCUGUGAUUUUAUUGUUGGUAUACAGCUGAGAGGUUCAUUCAACUACUGUGGCGAUCCGUGUUAUGCAAGAACUAGCCAAAAAUCUAUAUUAU